AUUUUGAUCUGAAACUUAAUUCCCUAACACUUGACCAAUUUUCUUAAAUCAUACCCUUUUUAUCAAUGCAUUGUUCAAAUAUAAAACUGGCAAUUUCAAAAUCCGAGAACCAAAAAACUUUGAAUUAAAGACCAACAACAUAACCAAACACACAGUUUCGGUUCUAACUUAACCCAAAUGCACUAAAUUGAAUCGAACCAUAAUUUUAAUAAUUUGGAUUGAUUUUGGUUGCACUGUGAAACUCAGUCGGUUACCAUUACUACAAAUAUUAUUUGGCGGUAAAAUUGAUCGGGUUUCCAAUUCUUUAAUAGAACCGGCUAUCUACCCGGUACGUUUGACCUAGUUAUUAUAUAUGGAAAUAAGUUUUUUACUGUUUAUAACACAGUACUAGUAGUAUAUAAAUAUCGAGAAAAAAGGGUCUAAACCUUUUGCCUCCUCAUCCAACUCUGCGCGGCUUUCUCUCUUCUUCUGAGUUUUGACUUCAUCAGAAGAGCUCGGCAUCGAGGGAGCUAACAAAACCCUAAAAAGGUUUAGUGCCGUGAUCAUGGCGACUCCAGCUGAUUCUAGGGCUGUCAAGUCGCUCAACAACUCUCAGGGAACGAAUAAAUUUGUGUUCAAGAAGGUCGGUGAGAAAAUGGAAGACACUAAAACAGAAGUAGUCAAUGUCUUUAAGAGCUUGGAGAAGGUGAAGGCUGAGCCUUCACAGGGUUCCACCUUUCUCAAGGAUCGCCUCGUAGAAUUAAGGGAACUGAAUACAACAGAACAUUUUACUAAAUUCUAUGAAGAGAUGUUCCCCUUUGUUCAAACUCUGCCGUUGGUCAUCUCGCAAAAAGAAAUAGUCUUCUCAAAGCUUGUCUCUGGAUUACAUAUGGAAGCAAGAUUAUCUCUGGGAGCCUUUCUCGAGUUGAUUGAUGAUUUAUCGAGAGAUCUCUUGGACAGCUUUAUUCCCUUCCUUCCAAGGCUUGUUAACUCCUUAGUGACACUCCUGAAAAAGGGUGGUCAGAAAGAGCCAGAUAUUGUUAAGCAGAUAUUCGUAUCAUGGUCCAACAUAGUAAUGAACCUGCAGAAGUAUCUCAUAUGCGACAUCGAACGUGUUCUCAGGGAUACACUGGAGCUGAGGUACUACCCCCAAGAAUCUAUCAACGAAUUGAUGUCACGUUCUAUGGCACUUUUGUUGAGGACUGCACGGGAUGAGCAACGCGAGAUAGGGAUCAAGAGGAUCAUUUCUGAACUUGCUGACCCACUGAAGAAAUGUGGAGGAGCUGGACUACUAUAUCAUGUUAUGAUCAGGGAUGCUUCUGAGAAAAGUCUCCAUUCCAAAGCUGGGAAAGCUUUGAGUUUCUUGCUGAAAGAUUCAACAUUGUCCUCUUGUGAUGAUUUUCCUCAGGGUUCUGGUAGUACAGUAGAAGCUGUGAGUUCAGCUUUGCAAAGAAUAUGCGAGGCAACUAAUGCAGAAGAAUUAACCGUUCUGUGGGACUGCUUGUUUAAAGAAACAAAAGAAUCAAUCAAAAACAAAAACUCAGCUCAUUUGACCCGACUCUUGACACUGCUUACUUCAGCUGUUAGGGUUGGGAAAGGUCUCAAAGCUUGUGAUUACCGAUAUUUGGUUGGACUUGUGAGCCAGAUUGUGCCAACUUUUAUGGAUUCCUCUGAUGUUCUCAGUAGAUUUCUAGGACUGAUGUUAUGCACCAUUGACAUACCCAGUGAUGUCAAUGAGCUGGAAUCCAUUGCUUCACAAUGGACCCCCAUUUUUUCGUUGAAGAGUUUAAGUUUGGUGAGUUUCUUGCGGGGGUUGCUAGAGAAGAAAGAUGGAUUAAUAGUGCAAGUCUUUGCCUGUAAUAUAUUAAGCUGCAUCAACAAUAUGAUUACGGAGUCUUCGGAGGAGGUUAUUCCUCUGUUACUAUCAUUGUGUAAGAAGCAGCAAACUAGUCACGACAAGGUGGAUAUCGUAUAUGGAUCAUUUGAGAGUAUUCAGGUCUUCUUGGAAGACAAGAUUAAGAAGAUUCAAAUAAAUAUAGAGAAUACUGGAUUAGCUCAAAUUGAUGAGGCUGAGUUGGCUGCUGUCUGGGGAGCUGUCAAUUGUUUUCCCUAUUUUAAAUUGGAUUCAUCAUUACUGAUUCGCUUCAAGAAUACUCUGAAACAGCAGUUGGCAGCCUCAGCUGUCAGCGGUUCUAGUGCUCAGGAACUAAUGUGGCAGAGCUUACUUGGUUCUGCCUUGAGGUCAUGUCUCAAAAUCCGUUCUACUGGAAGACUCAUCCACAGUGAUGUAGAGGAAGUUUUGUCUCUUGCUAAAUGUUACAAGUCAUGUGUACAAGUGCUGUCUCCCGUAGCCGACUAUUUGGAUUUUGUGUAUAGACCUCAAUUAGCAAACGAUGAUAUCUCUAAGCCAUGUCCAGAGCUACAAGCAAACAAUGCUGAAGAUGCCUUUGACAUAUUUUGUGAAAAUUUGCGUCACCCGAACAAAGACGUCCGUCUUAUGACUCUAAGGAUCUUGUGCCAUUUUGAACCUUUGUCUCCUGACCCUUGUGUUGAAGAGCAUCCUCCUCCAAUGAAGAAGCUGAAAACUGAAGUGGUCCAGAAGUCUCCCUCUAAAAAGAAUGAUGUCACUACGAAUGUUCUUCAGAUACUGAAAACAGUUGGAGAGUCUCGUCCCACAUUACGGAGUAAAAAGGAUUUGGAUGCAGUACGGCAUCUCGCUGAUGACAGGAUACAUGAUGCAUAUGUGCCGCUUGUAUUCAAUGGAAUGAUAGGGUUGUUUCAUACAAAUAAUGAAUCUACUGAAAUUUGGGAACCAGCAUCUAAGUGCCUUGCGGAUCUUAUGAUGAAGCACACAAGCGCGCUGUGGAAUGGUUUUGUUCAUUAUUUGGGCCACUGCCAACUAAAAAUUGAAGCACUCCACAUUCAUAGAGGGAAUGGAAACUACAGCGUUUCACAGAAGCAUACUGGUCUGAUGGAGAGUUUUAAUGCAUUCAUCUCCCCGCGGUUUAAUGGUACGCCUACUGCAGAUGUAGUAUCUCUGUUGCUAAAGACCUUACAGAAAGUUCCCAGUGUUGCUCAGUCUCAUACCUCUGAUAUUCUCCCUCUGCUAUUGAAAUUUAUGGGGUACAAGACCGAAAACCCUUUGAGGGUCGGACUGUAUAACAGCGAAGCUUGUAAAGGAAAGGAGUGGAAGGGGUUGCUGGAACAGUCUUUGGCUUUGCUGAAGCUGAUGAAGAAUCCGAGGUCGUCACGUGUUAGUCAAUUUGUAAACGACGUUAUGCAGUACAGGUUCUUGGAUGAUAAUGAUGCUGAAAUACAAAUGAGUGUCCUAGAGUGCCUUGUGCUGUCGAAUGACUAUUUACUCCCACACCGCCAUCGUUUGGAGAAUCUGAUCAAGUCUAAAAAACUGAGAGAAGAGCUCACGAACUGGAACUUCUCAUAGGACAUUGAGGAAGCUCACAGAUCUCACUUUGUUUCUCUUGUAAUUAGAAUCAUUAUGCCAAAAGUUAGGAGUUUAAAAAAUUCAGCGUCGCGUGAGCGUACAAGUAUUCGUCACAGGGAGGCAGUUCUUGGCUUUAUAUCUCAGCUGGAUGUUAAUGAACUUUCCCUCUUCUUUGCAUUGUUGAUGAAGCCUUUGAACAUUAUAUCAGAUGAAGCAACGGACCUGUUUUGGAGCUCCGGUAAAAGCUCUCUGGAUUAUUUCCAAAGGUCCAAGUUCUCGAAAUAUAUCAACGUGGAUGCUCUUUCUACCUUGUCCUGGAAGAUGAAAUCUGGUUUUCUUCAUGUCAUCCAACACAUACUUGAAGUCUUUGAUGUAUUCCAUGUCCGACCAUUUCUAGACUUUCUCAUGGGAUGUGUUGUCCGGCUAUUAGUAAACAACGCUCCAAAUAUCGAUGAAGAAAGUAACAACAUUGAUAAAGAGAUUGUCUCAACAAAUCACGACCAGGCUGGCACUUCUCUAAAGCAGUUUAAAGAGUUGAGAUCCUUAUGUCUGAAGAUUAUUGCUCGUGUUCUUAAAAAGUACGAGGAUUGUGAUCUUGGCUCUGAGUUCUGGGACCUAUUCUUUUCAGCGGUGAAUCCGUUGAUCAAGAGUUUUAAGCAGGAGGGUUCCAGCAGUGAGAAACCAAGCUCAUUGUUCACAUGCUUCUUGUCAAUGAGCAAAAGCCCCAAUCUCGUCACCUUCUUAUGUCGGGAAGAGUCUCUUGUUCCAGACAUUUUCUCAAUUCCAACAGUCACCACAGCUUCAGAAGCUAUAAAGUCCUCUGCCUUGAGUUUCAUAAAGAAUCUGCUCAGCCUUGAGAAGGACAUGGAGGACGAUGACCAUAUGAACAAAGGAUUCUUAAACCCAUACAUAGACGCACUGAUUAACAACUUACAUUCUCUCUUUCGUGGAGAUAUUUUGAGAAGGAAAUCAUUCAAGUAUCAUGGUGAAAGAGAGAUCAAGAUUCUUAAACUAUUGUCGAAACAUAUCAGAGAUGAAUCUCAUGUAAUGAAGUAUUUGAACAUCUUGCUGUCUUUCUUGGACAAACGUGUGAAAUAUUCUGAUAUUCAUCGUGAGGCUUUGCUAGCCAUUCAAGACAUCACAUCGUUGCUUGGGAGUGAGAGUACUAACAAAAUUAUAGAUACAGUCUCUCUUCUGCUUGUUGACGCUAAACCUGAUGUCCGAUUAUGCAUUUGUAACCUUCUUGAGUCCCUUGCGAAAAUCGAUUCUUCUCUAGAUCGAGUGGCAAAAUGCGUAAGCGAUAUGAAUGCAACCUCACCCAUGAAAGUUGAUGACCUUGACUAUGAAACGAUAAUGGAUGCUUAUGCCAAGAUUGAUGUGGAUUUCCUUAACGAAUCCUCGGAGCAGCACAUGAUGAUCAUUCUCUCACAGAGUCUAUACAACAUGACAUCAAAAGAAGUUAUGCUAAAGGAUUGUGCAUGUAACCUCUUGUGCACUUUUAUUGAAUUUUCAGCCUCUUUACUUUGCCAAGAGGCCUCAGCACACUCCGACAUUGGCAAAGAGGUUUCAAAAUCCGUUGCAAGAUGGACAGGCGAUCGCGUGUUGUGGAUUAUGAAUAAGUUUAUUUUGAAACACAUUGGCGAUGCAGUAAACAACGGAAUCUCAUGUGGAAAGGGGGAGAUUCUUUUGAUACGCAAAAUGGUGAUGAGACUUCCAGAUUCCGGGAAUCUUUCUGCAUUCAGACCUUUGUGCUCUGAGAACGAUGACCUUGAUUUCUUCAAAAACGUCUUUAACAUUCAGGCACACCGUAGAGCAAAGGCAAUUAACAGUUUUGCCAAGGAGAUCAAAGAUAGCAGUCUGCCUGAGGGAGUUGUGAGAAAACUCUUGGUCUCAAUCUUUUUCAACAUGUUGCUUGAGGGACAAGAAAGAAAAGGUCAAGAUAGUAAAGGUCGAGUUAAAAAGGGUCAAAAUAGUAAAGAUGAAAAUGUCCUUGAUGCAUGCGAAGAAGCCCUUGCAUCCCUGUCUGCUCAUAUGAGUUGGACCUCGUACUACGCUCUAUUGAAGCGGUGUUUCCGAGAGAUGAAGCAGCAUACCGACAAGAGCAAGCGUCUGUUGGAUCUCGUCUGCUUGAUCUUGGACAAGUUUCACUUUGCAGAAGGUGGUGAGGCUCACGAGGAGAUUAGGGGUUGCCUUGACAAAACCUUGUAUCCAAAGAUAACGAAGCUGUUUGAUUCUGAGUCUGAUGGCGUUAACUUCAACGCCUAUGUAGCUGCUGUGAAGGUUCUGAAGCUACUUCCCAAAGAGAUAAUGGACUCAAAGAUAGAUUCUUUAGUCAAUAAACUUUCCAAUUUUUUGAGGGACCCGAUGGAGAGCACACGUGAGAAAGCCAGAAAAGCUCUGGCUGCUUGUUUGAAGGAGCUUGGCCUGGAGAAUUACUUGCAACUUGUCGUGAAGAAGCUAGUUUCUCUAUUAACAAAAGGGUCUGAGGUGCAUGUGCUGGGGUACACUGUCAACCACAUCUUAUCGAAGUGCCUGCCAAGUCCUACUGGGUGGAAGUUGGAUCAUUGUUUGGAAGAUCUUCUUGAUGUAGUGGAAGCCGAUAUCCUUGGAGAUGUUGAUGAGCAGAAAGAGGACAAGAAAGAUUCAAUGAAUAAGAGGAAGAAGAAAAUGGAAACCAGAAAACGCAAGUCACUUGACACUCUGAGAUUGAUUGCUGAAAAUGUAACGUUCAGAAGCCAUGCAUUGACGCUACUUUCUCCGGUCACUAAACAGCUGCAAGGGCCUAUGACUUCGAAGCUAAAAUCAACGCUUAAGGAUAUUUUAAAGCAUAUUGCAAUUGGUCUUGAAGGGAAUCCAUCUGUUGAUCAAGGAGAUCUUUUCUGUUUUAUAUAUCACCGUGUUGACGACAACAAGAAGAGUGGUCUUAGAGGUCAAAUAUCUUCUCAGCCAUCCAAAAAGAAAAGGAAAUCGAGACGUAUUAAAGACACUUCUGGUGCAAAGUCAUGUCCACAUCUCAUCACGGUGUUUGCUUUGGACUUAUUGCACAACAGACUGAAGAGAAUCCAACCCAACAAUACUAACGAAGAGCUAGUGUCGAAGUUGGAUCCGUUUGUCAAACUACUUGUUGGUUGUUUGAGCUCUGUGUAUGAAGAGGUUGUGUCUUCAUCUAUUAAAUGUUUCACUGCAUUGUUAAGGCUUCAACUGCCUUCCUUCAAGUCUGAAGCAGGUGAAGUGAAAACCAAAGUGUUAGCCAUUGCUCAGUCUGCAGUGAGUUCCAGUAGUCCUCUAGUGCAGUCAUGCCUCAAGCUGUUAACAGCUCUUGUCAGCAAUGAUAACUUCAAGUUAUCAUCUGAGGAGUUGAAAAUGUUGAUUCAGUUCAGUAUGUUUUCUGAUCUGGAAUCGGAUUCCUCUGUUGCUUCUCUUUCACUUCUCAAGGCCAUUGUGAGAAAGAAGCUCAAAGUUCCGAAGAUAUAUGAUAUUGCCGACCAGGUUUCAAGGUUGAUGAUAACACAUCAGGAUGGAUCAAUCCGCAAUAAAUGUGGAGAUAUACUAGUAGAGUUUUUGGUCAACUAUACACCUUCUGAGAAACACCUAGAAGGAUAUUUUAACUUCUUGCAGAAGAAUCUGAGCUAUGAACAUUCAACUGGAAGAGAAGCAGUUCUUGACGUUCUUCAAAAGCUUAUCCAUAAAUUCCCAGAUCCUAGUCCUGGCAAGCAGUCGAAACCUUGUCUAGGCCACCAGUCUGUUGUUCACCAGCAGUCUCAAAACUUGUUUAUUGAGCUUGCUCUUCAUUUGGAAAGAGAAAAUGAUCAAAAGUUGCUGGCCAAGAUUUGUGUUGUGAUUAAGCUUCUCAUAGGCUGCAUGACUAAUUAUAAGUCCAGUCUUAAGCUCUCUCUGGGUUGGUAUAAGCAGGAGAACUCACGGGUUAGAGGAGCAAAGGUAUUGAGGUUAUUCAUUGAAGCCGAGAAAAAGUUUCCAGAGAAAAAAUGCAGUAUACUGUUGAAAGAGGCUAAAACGAUUUUGGAGGCUGCUGUAAAGUUGCAGAACACUGUUGAGGAAGGCAGUAUUCCCUUAUGGAAGGAAGCAUAUUACUCUCUGAUUAUGAUAGAGAAGAUGCUCACGCGGUUUCCUCAUUUAUGUUUUCGUGAAGAUUCUAAGGAUGUUUGGACAAUGGUGUUUAAGUUGUUGUUGCACCGACAUGAGUGGUUGCAAACUACAACAUGCCGACUCUUGCACUAUUAUUUCAAGAAACUAGCCGAGUCUACGCAAGCUGAGUCUCUUCUUGGUAAGCCAAGUAGCCUUUUCAUGGUAGCUGCUUCUCUUUGCUUCCAGUUAAAGCUAAAGGUGGACCGCAACAGAGUCAUCAACAAAAACAAUGAUACCACUGAAGAAGAUUAUCUGAGAGAGAAUCUUGUUUUUGCUGUCACUGGUCUUCAUUCAAUGAUUGGACAAACAGAUGAUGAGUACUGGUCAAGUCUCGACAGUGACGAGCAAGCGAAGUUCAUGGAAGCCUUUCUAGUAUUUGAUUCAGGGAAAGUAAGGUCUACUUUUCUGUCUCUUACUAGUUCAGGCGACCUGAAAGGCCUAGAUGAUGUAAGAAACGUAUUGGUCGGAAGCUUACUCAAGAGAAUGGGGAAGCUUGCGUUUGAUGUGGACUCUCAUCAGAUGAGAAUAGUGUUCAACGUCUAUAAAGAGUUUGCCUCAAACUUGAAUCAGGAAGAGUGUCGCCUCUACGCCUUCAGGAUUCUGCUCCCUUUGUACAAAGUUUGCCAAGGGUUUACAGGGAAAGCCAUCACAGACGAGUUGGAACAGCUAGCUGAAGAGGUGAGAGACGGUAUAAGAGACAAGAGCUUAGGCGUUCAGAUGUUUGUGAAAGUUUACAGCGAAAUCAAAAAGAGUUUGGAAGUGAAAAGGCAGAAGAGGAGGCGAGAAGAGAAGGAAAUGGCGGUGGUGAACCCUGAGAGGAACGCAAAGAGGAAACUGAAGGUAGCUUCGAAGAACAAGGCUAACAAGAAGAGGAGGAUGAUGAGGAGUAAAAUGGAUAGAUGGUCACGCUCUUGAGCUCCCAUAACCAUAUUAUAUACAAGUUUAUCGUCAGAUAACAUCAAAGAUCAUUUGACUAUAUGCAGUAUUUUCUCAACCAUUUGUGAUUCUUUUUAUCAGUUGAUUUUCAACUUUAAGCCAUCGUUACUUUAAUUAUUUAAUAAUUUUGUUAUCAGAUAACAUCAAAGAUCA